CCGCGGUCCCCUUAUUUGGAUCUGCGGGAAUGUGGGCUGGAGUGGUCCUGCCACGGUACCAGUCUCCAGCCCGCCGUCGGGACUGCCCCUGACCCAGGCGCGCCCGCUGCUCGGUGGCAGGAGGGCCGGCGGAGCGCCAUGGCCUGCAUCCUGAAGAGAAAGUCUGUGAUUGCGGUGAGCUUCAUAGCUGCAUUCCUCUUCCUGCUGGUUGUGCGCCUUGUAAAUGAAGUGAAUUUCUCAUUGCUACUAAACUGCUUUGGACAACCUGGUACAAAAUGGAUACCGUUCUCCUACACAUACAGGCGGCCCCUUCGAACUCACUAUGGAUACAUAAAUGUGCGGACACAAGAGCCUUUGCAAUUGGACUGUGACCUUUGCGCCAUAGUGUCAAACUCAGGUCAGAUGGUUGGACAGAAGGUGGGAAGCGAGAUAGAUCGAUCUUCCUGCAUUUGGAGAAUGAACAAUGCCCCCACUAAGGGUUAUGAAGAAGAUGUUGGCCGCAUGACAAUGAUUCGAGUUGUGUCCCAUACCAGUGUUCCUCUUUUGCUAAAAAAUCCUGAUUAUUUUUUUAAAGAAGCAAACACUACUAUUUAUGUUAUUUGGGGCCCUUUCCGCAAUAUGAGGAAAGAUGGCAAUGGCAUCGUUUACAACAUGCUGAAAAAGACGGUUGAUGUUUAUCCAAAUGCCCAAAUUUAUGUGACCACCGAGAAGCGCAUGAGCUACUGUGAUGGAAUUUUUAAGAAGGAAACUGGGAAAGAUAGCUAUAUAAUAAUGAAAACAGCAUAGAGUCCCUCAGUCUGCAACUGGCCUUUGUGUUCUUCAAAAUGGGCUUUGAAGAUUGGACCUCUGAAAGACAUUGGCCAAGUCACCAAGGUUUCCAACAGCUCAAGUCUCACUUUCAGAUUGGUGGACUGUGGUGCUCCUUCUGGAGAAUGGAAUGACCUAUGGCUACUAACAGCAGUCUUGUAUCAUUAAAUUGUUCUAGAAAAUCCAAGUAGAAGUUUGCAAACACAGUUGGUGGCCUCUAUCCAUCUAAGAAGCCAUGAGACUGGUCUCUAUUUUUCUUUUGUUCCCUUUAAAUGUUCAUACCAAAUAAAACAUUCCUUACCCAAGAGGACUCAUUCACUCCCAUGGUGCCAAAGGGCUAAUAUUAUCUCCCUUUCUGAAACACUCCUAAACAUGGUGUCUUCAACUAGGUUGGCUACUGGGCAUUUUCUAUGUGAAACAUGAUCUUUCCAGGUUUGGAUCAUCUUUCCAAGUCAAACUCUGACUGAGUUACCAGGUCCACAACUACUUCCUUCAUAAUUUCGCUUGAUUAUAGGCUUUAUUUAUUUUUUAAGGCUCUUAUAUCACACCUAGUUUGUCAUAAUAUUCUCCACCUUUUCUCAUUUCUCAUCUUUUGACUUUCAUUCCACAUUUUGUACACCUACCAGAAUAAUCUUCCUAAAUCUCUUUGCCUGUCAUUCAUCUACCCACAACACUUUGAUGGCUUCUCAUUGCCUAUAAUCUUUCAUCUGGCAUUCUUGUCCUUAUGAAAAUUUUACUCAACCAUUUCUCUAAGUUUAUGACCAUCCAGUCUCUGCAGAUAGUCUGUAGCCAGAGCAAUUAUGCCUGCUCAUGAUUCCCCAGGACACAUUCUGAGCCUGGAUCUUGGCUGGUUGCAUUUUCCAAACUGAACUACCCUUCCUUCUAUAUUCUUGUCAUAUAAAUCUUUUAAGGCACAGCUCAAGAAUCAAUUCUUCCAUGCAGCUAUCUCUAACAACCCAUUUAUCUCUCCUUCCUAUGCGUGACUUAAGAACUUGUAUCUUGUACCUUGUACAGACUGGUUUGACUGUCUAUCUUUUAUGUAUGUUUCUGGCUGACCAACAAGACUGACAAUAUUGGAAACCCCCAAAGCUCACUUUCAGAAUACCUGGUGUAUAUUAGUUCCUCAACAAAUAUUUGUUGAUGAGAAUGUCAAUUUUGCGAGCACUUGGAAGCAAUACUCAAAAGCCUUUUUGCAGCUAGUGGAAUCUGCCUGAAGCUGAUUUUAUACUGAAAAGUAAUUUUUUCUGAGCCUUGUCCUUACAGGAGUCUUGUAAAACCUCUUGGCAGAAUCCAGCACAAUCCCCUCUGCCCUGAACUCAAAGACCUUCUCCUUGGGGAAGUAUCAUUUUAGCUGAGAGUUUAUGGGCAAGGAUGGACAAGAAGGGGUCAGCAUCACAGGUCUGGCAACCUCUCACCUGCUGAGGAAAGCAGUCUCAAUCUCCCAUGCUGGAAAGGUGCUUAACUUGCUUGGUUUCUGCUAGAAGCAGGUGCUGGAUCCUUUGUAGCUAAUGCUACUUAGUGAACCCCAGAAAUAAAUACAAGGGAACACUAAGAAUGCUUAUUUCAACUAGCUAAACUUGGGCAGGUCACAUCCUGCAACCUCAAGGAUUUAUUUCCUUUACUCAAAAAUGGGAAAAGAGCUCCAGAAUUAAAACUGAAUGAUUAAAAAAAAUCAUAACCUGUAUAGAUGCAACUAAAAUGAAAACUGCAUUUUGGUUAAAAUAUAAAAUUCAAGGAAAAUCCACUUGAUUUUUGUUUUUUGUAUUUUGUUAUUUCAUAGAGGUAAACCAUUACAAAUUCUUCCUUUUUCUCCCUUCCUCCACAAAUACAACAGGCAAAAUUUUCUACAAAAUUGUUUUUUCCAAGAAAUUUCUUCCAUGCUGUGCUCUCAUCUAUGAGGAGUUACAAAUAAAACAGAAUAGAGGGAUAGGAAAAGAGGCUGAUCCCCCGCCCUUUGAAAAUGUGUUAUUUAUUUAUUGGAGGGUCUGCUUUUUUUAAAGACUUUAUUUUUUAGACCAGCUCAUGCAAAAUUAAGCAGAAGGCAUAGAGAAGCCCCACAUGCCCCUGGCCCCACACAUGCUCACCCUCCCCCACUGUCUACCACUCCACCAGAAUGGUACAUUUAUUACAUCAGCCUGCAUCAGCACACCAUGAUCUCACCAAGCUGACAGUUUAUCUCAAGCUUCACUCCUGGUGUUAUAUAUUCUGGGUUUAGACAAAUGGUUAAAAUGGUAUCCACCUCUCUAGUACUCAAGCCCAGAGUAUUUUCACUACCCUAAAACUCCUUUGGGCUUUGUCUAUUCAUCCUUUGCUCUCUCCCAAUCCUGAGCACCUUCUGAUCUUUUUAUGUUUUAUAGUUUUUGCCUUUUUCACAUUGUCACCUAUUUGGAAUCAUUCAGUAUAUGAACUUUUCAGGCUGCCGUCUUUCACAUAGCAAUAGGUAGUUAACAUUCCUCCAUUUUUUUUUCAUGGCUUGAAACACAUUUUGUUGAAGUAUUGGAUAAUAUUCCAUUGUCAAUACCACAGCUUAUUUAUCUACUCACCGCUGAAUGGUAUUUGGUUGCUUCCAAAUUUUAUCAAUUGUGAAUAAACAUUCUCUGCAGAGUUUUGUUGGGACACCAGUUUUCAACUCCCUUAUUUAGAAAUGUUUUAUUAAUACACUGAAAAAUUCCAGUUGACCUAGGUAGCUAAGUAGCCUUUAUUUAUUUAUUUUUCUUUAAUGCUGAAUGAUUUAUCUUUUUUUUUCCCACUGGUGGAUAGUGAAUAUAAUAAAGUCUUUUCCUUCCUUCAUGCCAUCAAAUAUGUUUUUGUUGUUUAUUGAAAUUUUUUUCAAAACAGAAUCUGGCAGUCCACAAGCUUCUGCAGCUCAUCCUAGAGAGUGAGCUGUGGGGCAUCUUUCUUCUCAUGCUGUUUUUCCUCUUUUGGCAAAGACCUCUUGCCAUCCCUCCUGCUUCUACCUCUCAUGUUUUUGUCUUUUCUCUCCUCUUUCUUUGUAAUAUCUGCUCAC